UUCCCCUGCACUGCAGGUGAAAGGGCAGAUAGUCUCGCAGCUCCUCUGCACCGGGGGACUUCCACAGCUCCUUGUGUUUUAGACCUUCUCUGAAGUUCCCCCAGCCUGCCCCACAGAUCUCAUCUUCCUCCAGCCCCUCCUCAUUCCUGUUCAUCUCCUGCUGGCCUCUUCUUUGGCUUGCUCCACAGCCAGGCUACUAACACUCUGCAAGAACUUUCUUCCCCUCAGCUCCUGCCAUUUGAAAGCCCCCCGGAAACUCGCCACCUCACGGACUCCAGCUCGUUCUACCUCCCAGCUGAACGCACGCCUUUCCACCAUGCUCUGCCUCUUUUAAUCUCCCUCUGUUUAACUCGCUCUUUCUGUUGAUGAUUCUGAAGAUGUAGAAAGCGGGAGUGGCAGCGACUAUGACUGUGGCCCCAAUGCGGUUUCCUGUAACAUCUCUCACUGCAUAUGUGAAGACGGGUUCAGGUUCAUCUCUGGAAAAGAGCCUUUCCUUGCUACCAGUGAGUCCGGCUGUGAGGAAAUCCCCCUUCACUGCCGAUCAGGUUUCAUGAGAGAAAAUGACUACGUGAAGAUGUGUUUGAAUGGAUCACAGCAGAUUAAUUGGGAUAACAGGAAAAACAGCUCGUUCUGUUCGCUGGUCAAUUCCACCCUCAGCCUCCUGACACCUGCCUGCGAGAAUGUCAGCUUGACCACUUCCCUAGAGGAGACAGCGGCAUCCUUCGAACAUGUCCUUGUGGACAGCUCCCUAUGGAGCAUCGAAAGCAUGGAAGAAGUCGCUUCUGCGGCAACGCUGCUUCUGCAGAGUGUGGGGUCGGCCGCAGUGACAGCUGCCCUCGCCUCUCCGGAGAACCAAACCCAGACUGCGACCACCAAGCUAAUGGCGAUUCAGACGAAGCUCACCGAUGAGAACUGUAGUCUGCAGAGCAAGGUACUUGGGUUCAGUGCUCACGAAGACAGAAUGGAUAUUCACUGCACUGCUGUCACUGAUGCUGACAUGGAAGGUUUUGCUGCUGUCGCUUUUAUCUCCUACACGGGGCUGGAGUCCCUACUGGGAGGGAGAUUUUUGCAGGAUGAAAAUCCAGGGAGCAAGGCAAGACCAGAACACGUUCGCGUGAACUCCAGAGUGGUGAGUGCCUCCACCAGCACCUGGAAGAAGAAGAUUUCCAGUCCCAUCAACCUCACCUUCCAGCACCUUGAGGACAAGACUCUGUUGGAUCGGGCCAUCUGUGUCCACUGGAACUCUGCAGGCCAGGAUGGUGUCUGGUCCCCCCAAGGCUGCAAACACCUUCACUCCAAUGUCACUCACACUCGGUGCAGCUGUCGCUACCUGGCCAGCUUUGCGGUGCUGAUGGCGCCUGGUGUCGUUCAGGUGGAUUUUGCCCUCUUUGUUAUCAGCCAAACUGGGCUCAUCAUCUCCCUGAUCUGUCUCAUCCUGGCUAUCGUCACCUUCCUCUUCUGCCACCCCAUCCGUAACACCAGCAGCACCUUCCUCCACCUGCAGCUCAGCAUGUGCCUCUUCCUGGCCGAUCUCCUCUUCAUAGUGGGAAUAGACAAGACUUACAACAAGCUUAUGUGUUCCAUCACCGCCGGCUUGCUGCAUUACCUCUUCCUGGCUUGCUUUGCCUGGAUGUUGCUAGAAGCAGUGAGUCUGUACCUCAUUGUCAGGAAUCUGAAGGUAAAAAAUUACUCAGGCACGGGCAGAUGCACACGGAAAUGCAUGUACCCCUUUGGCUACGGACUCCCCGCCGUGAUUGUGAUCACGUCUGCAGCCAGCGCUCCCAACAGCUACGGAACUCCUUAUCACUGCUGGCUCAAUCCUGAUAAUGGUUUUAGAUGGAAUUUCCUUGGGCCUGUCUGCGCCGUGGUUGUGAUAAAUUUUGUAUUUUUCUGCCUUACUCUGAAGCUUUUGCGAGAGCAUCUUUCCUCCCUCAAUGCAGAACUGUCUACUCUGAGGAACACCAGGUCACUGACUUUUAAAGCCCUGGCUCAUCUCUUAGUCCUGGGCCUCACGUGGGGGCUGGGCACCUUCCAGUUCGGCCCGCUGGCCACAGUGAUGGGGUACCUGUUCACCAUCACCAACAGCAUGCUGGGAACCUUCAUCUUUGUGGUGCACUGCCUACUCAAUAGAAAGGUGAGAGAGGAGUAUUGGAAAUUAUUUACGAGGCUUCGACGCUCGAAGGAAGAACCUUCGUCUUCCAGUAUUACUAUGUCUGCUUUCCCCUCCAGCAAGGCCCCGGUCAGAGAGAAUCGAAAUGUAUAUGAGCAGCAAUGUACUAACCUCGACCCUCCCGCCUCUGUCCCUUUCUCUCACUUCAAUUAGCGCCAUCGAUAAGGAUCCUCAGCAAAACGCUGUCCCAUCCCACCAGCAGAAAGUGACGUGGGAUUGAUCUCCUUUGCCUGGCCUCUCUUUAUUGGUUUUCAGCGCUGUUCUCCUCCCCUGGUCCCAGACACAGAGGAAAGGGGUUGGCAGAGUCUCAUUAAACGCUUCUGCUGUGUCACUAAAGAAUGUCUCCAUUCUCAAGCCCACGAGCUACAAAGCCUUCAAGUGGUGGAUUCUGAGCCACCAGGCAAAACUAUGAUACUUCAGAAGACCAGAGCUACGAAAUCCUGAUCUCCAAGCCCUUCCCCCUGGGUAAAAAGCGGUUUCGUUCAGGUUUGGCUUAAGGAAGGCUCAGGUUGGAUCUUUAUCCAACCAAUUCACCCAGUGGCCCAGUGUGUGCCUUGUUUGAACCUUAUCCUGAAACCAAGGGUGAAAAUAACGUAAGGGACUUACCGGAACGCGGGGCCGGGGUCCUGAGCAAGGUGUAUGUGGGGGGCACCUCGGGCGGAAGGGGCGUGGCCUCGGGCAGAAGGGGCGGGGCCUUUAAAUCCCUGGGCCCUUUAAAUCACCGCUGGAGCACUGGGGCUCCCAGCUGCCACCGCCACUACCACAGGGCUCCAGCGGUGAUUUAAAGGGCCUGGGGUUCCCGGCCGUUGCUACCGCAGCCAGAGCCCUGGGCCCUUUAAAUCGCUGCCGGAGCCCCGGGACUCCCGGCCGCCACCGCUACCCCAGGGCUCCGGCAGCAGGGCUCUGGCAGAAAUUUAAAGGGCCAGGGGCUCCAGCCGCUGCUGAGAGCCCAGGGCCCUUUUAAAUUGUCGACCUGGGGAAGCUGCCUCCUGCUGGUACGGUUGGCUGUGCAUCGACUCUCACUGGUACGCCGUACCUGACCGCACCGGCUUACUUUCACCUCUGCCUGAAACUGAUUCUAAACUAGGAUCUACAGUCUGGCCUCAAGGCCCAAAAUUUGGAUCCAGAUCUGGCUUUUUCAACAUCUUGGCAUUUGGAAGGGUGUGAGAGAUCCAGGGGUUCAUCUUAGCCCAUCUUUUGUCCUUUGCUUUAUGGAAUCCUGUAUCAUUCUCAUUGCAAUACAGAUUCGUUUGUACUAGUCAUGCAUGAAUCUAGGACCCAGAUACUAUGGUGGUUGGUGAUAGAUACAUAAGGUGGGAUACUGGCUUCAUUGACGUCAAUGGCAAAACCCCCAUUGGCUUGAGUGGGGCGGGAGUCCACCCACAGAUUGUACUGUCAGUGGGUUUCUUUUUGUAUUAUAGCUGGAGAUGGAGCCAUGAAUAAGGCUAAGGUUGCCCAAGUGUGUCCAUUCCAAGCCCCUGUUUUCAAGUGUUCAUUCAUAACUUUAAACGUUUCCUUUUCUGAAACUUUUACUUUUGGGGCUGAAAUUUUCCAGGUCCGGUAAAUGAUUCUGUAAAGUUUGAGCAAAAAAUAUGGUAUAAUACGCUAUUUAUACUAUUUGAGAAACAGUUUGUGAUCAUGUGAUUAAAGAUUGUCUUAUACAGGUAAUGUUUCUACAGAAGGUGUCAGAAUUAAGGUUGUGUGUCCAAUCUUAACUUUGCCGUUCCCUGACUUCAGAGUGCUUAGCUGAGCAGCCUUAAUGUUCUCUUGGUGUAGUUCUUCUAUAUGGAAUAUGGGCCAUUAUGGGUCUGAUUAUGAUGAUGAAUAGCAGCUUACUUCAUAGGCCACGGAGCUUGGGAGGGCCAACCGGGCCAUGGUCUGACCACCCUUUGGCAAGGCCAAACCUGAUCGGUGAUGUGACCCUGCAGGCCAAGUUGCAACACCACUCAAAUUUGGAGGGGGGUAGAUGUAGGAGCUCCCCAGUUGGAGGGCGUCAAGCUGCUGGUGGGAGAGGCACCCGAGAAGGGAAGAGAAGCAUCAGGGACUAAGGGGCGGGGAACCAAUUCCUCUACACACUUUAAAUAACAAUCUGCAGGCCCUGCCUUACUUCAGCAGUCAUCUUGCUAAGGAAGUGUGGUCCAGUGGUUAGGGCCCUGAUGUAUGACUUGGGGGAGCUGGGUUCAGGGCCUGUCUCUACAUCGAUUUUCUGUGUCACUUAGGGCCAGAUUUUUAAAGGGAAUUAAGCCCCUAACUUAAUUCCUAAGUCACUUUUGAAAAUGAGUUAGGUGUAGCAAUGCUGAAAAGAACAAUGCCUGAAUACCUUUAACAAUCUGGGCUUUAGCCGUUCUGUGCCUCAGUUCCCCGUGUGCAAAAUGUGGAUAAUAGCACGUAAGAUAUGGCCAGAUUCUCAGGUGAUGAAAGGUGGCAUCACUCCCUUGACUUCCAUGGCGCGUUGGUGAUGGACAACUGCUGAGGAUCCAGCCCAUGGACUUCAGUGCAUCUGCUUGGAAAGUAAGGUGCUACUCAGUGUGAGGGUAUCAGCCUCUGGCUGUAUAAACAGUUUGAACUUUGGGCUGUUCUAUUGCUUACUUUGCGUAUAAACCAAUGUGUCUUUAACAAA